CUUGAAUCGAACGUAAUUAAUUCUUACCUUGGACUCGAACCUAAUUUUCAACUUGGGAUCGAUGCGGCCACCCAUUUGUUCCUUGCUCCGAGAAGCGCUGAGAGCCAUGCACAUGAAGGAAGUGCUUAUCGUGCAGUGCCGUGCAUGCAUGUCCGUCUAAGCUAUGUAUGGCUAUGACCAUCAUUGACAUUAAUAUAACGCGUCCCAUGAACACGCAUCGUGCGCCGCCGCAUAUGUUUAUUCGUCUCAGUCAUCCCAUGACCACGAUGCGUUCCUUCCUUAGCAGAAGAUGGGUUGUCGCCGGUCGGAGUCUUCUACAUGCAGCUCAUUUACGUCUGAGUGUACGUACGGGCGCCGCUCUGCUACUGACUAUGGCAGACAGCAGGCUUGCGCUGAGACCCCGUCUUAGCAAUGGUAUCUGUAACUACCAGAAUAUACCUGAUUGCCUUUCAUACAUCCCUCGCUGGGAUGCUAUGGGGCUUGGAUACCGGUUCCAUCGGUCCUAUUACACAAAUGGAACAGUUCUCUAGCUCUAUUGGCCAUCUCUCCUCAGGCGUCCUCGGGAUUUAUGUCGCGUGUAUUCUUCUCUCUGCUUCCUUGUCUUCGCUAUGCAGCGGUUAUAUAGCCGACUUGCUAUCUCGCAAGUACGGGAUCCUAGCCGGAGGCAUCGUAGUCCUCCUAGGAACGACUAUCUCCGCCUCUGCGAAAACUUUCCCUGUCCUCAUAUGUGCGCGGCUGGUAACGGGAAUCGGACAGGGUCAGAGUAUCUCCGUCGUUACCAUUUAUCUCUGCGAGAUUUCUCCACAGGAGAUUAGAGGAACGGUUGCGACGGUGCUACAGUUGCUCAUCACUAUCGGGAUCGCUUUGGGAUAUUUUGUUGCGUACGCGUCUUCAAGAAUCGGGGGUGAGCUGGCUUGGAGGACACCAUUUAUUUUGGAAGCGAGUAUGGCUGCAAUUUUGGUCUCUGGGAUGGCUUUUAUGCCGUAUUCUCCGCGGUGGCUUGUCCAGAAGGGAAGGAUAGAUGAAGCUCGUGCAGUUCUUCAGAAGCUCCGUGCUAGCAGCGAGUUCGUGGAAGACGAGCUACGUCUGAUUAAAGGCAGUCUCGAGGAACAGAGCCGGGAAGAUGCUUCUUAUCGUGAAAUAUUCCAAAAGCGAUACCUCAGACGGAGCGUUCUCAGUGUGUUUCUGAUGUCUUUUCAGAUGUUGUGUGGGAUCGAUGCGGUCCUUUAUUACGCUCCGAUCUUGUUCACUCAAGCUGGUUUUACAUCAAAUCGAGCAGCUUUCCUUGCGUCUGGUGUUUCCGGAAUAAUUAAUUUGAUAUGCACGAUACCUGCUCAACUGUGGGUCGACAAGUGGGGGCGAAGAUUUCCUUUGAUCGGUGGCGGUAUUUCUAUUGCUACUUGCUUCAUGGCCAUCGGUACCUUGUAUGCGAUAUAUGGUGGAAAAGCCGACGGAGUGGUGUACUUGAGCGGCAGAGGACCGCAAUGGGCCGUCAUCAUACUCAUAUACAUGUUUGUGGCAAGUUUCUCAUGGUCAUGGGCUGUGGUUAUAAAAAUAUACGCAUGCGAAAUAAUACCCACGCGGCUUCGCGCAAAAGCAUGUGCUGUCCAGCAGCUUAGUAAUUGGCUGGUGAAUUUCACUGUCGCGCUUACAGCGCCGCUUUUUCUACGGGCUUCUCCUAGCGGUCCAUAUUUCUUCUUUGGAUCAGCGACGCUAUUCACUACGGCUGUCUGUCAUUUCUUGAUGCCAGAGACUAAAGGGAAGAGCUUGGAAGAAAUCGAGGACUUGUUUGAGAUGAUACCUCGGGCGAUGGGUCACUCAGUAGUGGCAUGAUUGUCUCUGGCUUGUGUUACGCAUUUUCGCUGUGUAUUUCAUAUCUUUCUGGUAGUGCCCGGUAUGCAACAUUCAUUUUCUAUUAGUGACAGCGCAAUCGUGCUGGAGUGCCAGCG